AAUUUUCGCGCGCAUUUCGACACGUGAUGUAUACUUUGUAUUCAUUCUGUAAAAACUGUUAGCUUGGUGUCUAGUGAAACACUGUUUAUCGUGAUUCGUGUAAAGAACUAUGUCUUCACCGGUUGGAACUCCACGUAGAAGUAAACGAGGAAGAGCAAGUGAUACCAGUGAAAGCACACCAAAGAGAGGUCGUAGCAAAGAGCCACCAAGUGAAACCACACCUAGUAAAAAGGGGAAAGCACCUAUAGAGAAUGGAACACCACAGAGAAAAGGUGCACAAAAUGGUACACCAAGUCGGCGCAGUGAAAGGGGAACGCCAGCAAGUAAAGUUGGUACACCCUCAAGACGAAGUACCCGUGGUACCCGUGGAUCUUCUCCCCCUUCUAAAAGAAUGGACUCUUCCCCUGGUUUAGCACCCUUGCCAUCAUCACCACCGACUGCAGCUCCAUCACUGUUCUCUAGUCCUGCUGCACCAUCCAGAGCAGCAACAACCAGCGAAAUAGAUCUGAGUUCGCCAUUAAAUUAUGGUACACCUAGUUCAAGAAUUGGUAGCACACCAGGAAGACAUGGCGGUGGUACACCUAUCAGGGUUAGGAGUGACAUUCGCAGUGAGAGGAAGAUGAGACAGGUGAACCUUGUAUCAGAGCCAUCGGUCGGUGGUGGUGAUGGUUCUGAUCCUGCUGUCGUGGUAACCAGUGACCAAGCUGCUGGGCCUCGAAUGGUGAUUUGGGGUACUGAUAUAGUUGUUAGUGAGGCCCAGGAGAAAUUCAAGAAAUUUGUCCAGACAUAUAUUGAUGAAGAUGCUGAUGAGCUUGAAGGAUUUGAUCCAACCCAACCUGCAUAUAUGCAAAGAUUGGAAGAGAUCAGCCAGCUUGAACUUCCUUUCCUGAAUGUGAAUUGUUCACAUUUGAAAAGGUUUGAUGCUGAACUUUAUCGUCAGUUAGUCUGUUACCCUCAAGAAGUUAUCCCAACCUUUGACAUGGCAGUCAAUGAGAUGUUCUUUGAACAGUUUCCUGAUGUCCAGCUUGACCAUCAAAUUCAAGUCCGGACAUUCAGUGCAGAUUUGACCAAAAAUAUGAGGUCACUAAAUCCUGAAGAUAUUGAUCAACUUAUAACUAUCAGUGGUAUGGUGAUUAGAUUGUCUCAACUGAUGCCGGAAAUGCGAGAGGCUUUCUUCAAAUGUUAUGUGUGUUCUUUCACUCAGACAGUGGAGAUUGACCGCGGUCGUAUUGCUGAACCCAGUGUCUGUCGUCACUGCAGCACUCAACAUAGUAUGGGACUCGUCCAUAAUAGAUCACAUUUCAGUGACAAACAGAUGGUGAAGUUACAGGAAUCACCUGAGGAUAUGCCUCCUGGACAGACACCACACACUGUCUUACUAUAUGCCCAUAAUGAUUUGGUAGAUAGUGUACAACCUGGUGAUCGUGUUAUCAUCACUGGUAUUUACCGUGCCACACCCUUGAGAGUGAAUCCACGACAGCGUAAUGUCAAAGCAGUGUACAAAACCUAUAUUGAUGUGAUACAUUUCCUUAAAAGCUCUGCCAACAGGUUGCAUGAAGCACAGGAUGAUGAUGGCAAUGGAGAAUUAAAACUGACUGAUGAACGAAAGCAAGCUUUAGUUGACCUGGCUUGUAAGGAUGAUAUCUAUGAACGCUUGGCAAGAGCCUUAGCUCCUAGUAUUUAUGAGAAUGAAGACAUAAAGAAAGGUAUACUAUGUCAAUUAUUUGGGGGAACGAAAAAAGACUUCAGUCAUGCUGGCAGAGGAAAUUUCAGAUCUGAUAUAAACAUCCUAUUAUGUGGUGAUCCAGGUACAAGUAAGUCACAGCUGCUCCAGUAUGUAUACAAUCUGGUUCCCCGUGGUCAGUACACCUCUGGUAAAGGUUCAAGUGCUGUUGGUCUCACUGCAUAUGUUACAAAAGACCCAGAAACCAGACAACUGGUACUACAGACGGGUGCAUUGGUACUGAGUGACAAUGGUGUAUGUUGCAUUGAUGAGUUUGAUAAAAUGAACGAAGGUACAAGAUCUGUCCUCCAUGAAGUCAUGGAACAACAAACUCUGUCCAUCGCUAAGGCUGGCAUUAUCUGUUCAUUGAAUGCCCGUACAUCUAUAUUAGCGGCGGCUAAUCCUGUGGAUUCCCAAUGGAACCCAAAGAAAACUAUAGUAGACAAUAUACAGCUCCCACAUACACUGCUGUCCAGGUUUGAUCUCAUAUUUCUUAUGCUGGAUCCUCAAGAUGAGUUGUAUGAUCGUCGUCUCGCUAAUCAUCUCGUUUCGUUGUACCACAGAAGCCAACGAGAGAGCGAUGAAGAACAUUUAGACAUGGGUUUAAUGAAAGAUUAUAUUGCAUAUGCUCGUCAGUACAUCCAUCCAAAACUAAGUGAAGAAGCCAGCCAGUCCUUCAUUAAGUCGUACGUUGAGAUGCGAAAGAUUGGAAGUGCCAAAGGAAUGGUAUCUGCUUAUCCCAGACAGUUGGAAUCAUUGAUCAGGUUAGCGGAAGCCCAUGCCAGAAUGAGAUAUUCCAAAGUGGUAGAAUGUAUAGAUGUUGAGGAAGCAAGAAGGUUGUUUUCAGAAGCUCUGAAACAAUCUGCUGUUGAUCCACGUGAUGGUACCAUCAAUAUUGACAUCCUCGCAACUGGUCUGAGUACCAGUGCACGUAAACAACGACAAGACGUUGCUCAAGUUUUGUGGAAGUUUAUAGAGUCUAAAGGAAAGCCACGUCGUAUUAGUGCUUCCAAGACACUAGCGGAACUCAGAGAACAGUCGGAUGUGCAAAUUCCACGUGAUGUCUUUGAAGAAGCAGUUAAACUACUUGAAGAUGAAGACAAACUGAUCAAAACUGGAGAUACCCUCAGACUGACAUAAGCUUAACUCAUCUCGUCUCAUACUGUUGAAAUCAUUCAUUUUGCUGUAACCAUGGAUCAUUUUUAUCUAGAGCUGCUUUCUUCCUGAUCUUUAAAAAAAAAAUCCAUAUAAUCAGGCUUACAAAAAUGACAAUAUAAAUUGUCACUAAUUCUGCAUUUACCGUACUUCCCUGAUCAUAUAUAAGCCCAGGGGCCUCAACAUGUAAAAUCGGAGAAAGUAAGAGGUGGGCUUUUAUACUCUAGGACCACCUCAGAAAAGAUGAAUUUUUUGGGUUUACCAUUGUAACCCACCCACGAAAAAUUGUCCAAAUUGCAUCUUUUGUUCACCAUGCCAUGCUCAGGGGAAUAUUGCGUUUUUUUGGAGAAGACAAAAAAAAGCGAGUCAUUGAAUUCCACAGCACUUUUACAAUAAAGAAACAAACAUGUUCAUAAAAAUACAAACAUUUUAUUACAAUACGAUUUACAAACCGUCUACAUUUACGUUCUAAAAAUGGGUAUGGUCUGUGGGAAAAGGCAAAGGCAAGAUCUUUAUCAUUAUCUUCAUUGUGGGAUGUUUCGAUCAUAUACAAAGUUUUUCAGCAGGAGUUAAUCCGAAACAAUGUUCUUACCUAGCAGGUAAAGUCUCAACCAAUCCAAAUGCUGUGUCAUACUGACAAAGUUUUCCAAUUAUUGACAAUGUCAUUUUUUUAACGCUAUGCAGAAGUGAAUUUCCACAUUGUUAAAAUGCGAUCUGUUAACACUGAAUUCACCGAAAAGACAGCGAUUUUUGACUCCAGUGUGCGAAGCAAACAAUGGGAGUCUUUGCAGUUACCCUGUGUGUGUGUGUGUGUUUUUUUUGUGUUUUUUUUAUUUCUCUAAAAACUGGUGAUUCAAAAAUUUUCGAAAGGUAAACUGAGUGUUGAAGUAUUUAAGAAUAAUUAACUCGUUCACACCCCAUUCAUGAUAGUAGUCUCAAUAGACAUGAUUAUUACAAAAACUAAAAUAAUGACCACGUUUCACAAACCAAACUACUGUACUAAUCACAAUUUUUACACAUCUAUUUUAAUAAAUGCCGUUAAAAACACCCUGGGCUGAUAAUCAGGGAUGCCCUCAACUCGUUAAAUGUUUAAAAAUAGUGGGGUUGGCUUAAGCUUGGGGAGGGGCAUAUGAUAGGGGAAGUUAUGGUACCUAAUAAUAAAAUGAAAUGGAUGUACGAGUUAUCAAUGUACCAUGUUCAUGACUUUAAGUGAUCCAUCAAGUAAUUAGCUCGUAGGCCUGACCACAGUGCAAAAUAUCUCAUGAAUGGUUGAAGAAUUUAUUCAUUUUGGCACCUUUAAUAAUACACUGCCUCUUUCUGUUUAUGUGCCAUUGUUAUAUUUUGUUUGAACAAGACUCACAAAUCAUAGUGUGUUCUACAAGAGUAUAUGUAUAGUUCGACUGCUUUGUUUAGAAAUGAAAAAAUUAUAUUGAUUUCUGGAUUAUAUAAUAACACAUUUAUAUCUGACUAAAUUUAGGAUUGAAUAGUAAAUCUUUUUACAUUUAGUUUCUUCAAUAAGUAGUUGAAUUGUUCAGAUUGUGUUAGCAUUCAAGCAUUACCAGUACACACUGCCUUUUGAUGCAUGUUUUGAGAAGUCAGAAUUCGCUCCUUGCUUUCCUGGUUAACUUGUUCAGUAAAUCCUGUAUUAUAAAAAUUUAUUUUAUUGAUAAUAACAGUCCACACAAGCAACAAUCAGCAUUUUUAUUGCAUAAUGCUGAAAUAUCAUUGUAACACUCUUGCCUGGCAUUAUGGGAUUGUGCCAUGUUUAUGAACUAUUCUUAGUUGUGUGCAAUUUUAGUGAGUUGCAAGGCCUUCAAUUUAUUCGCUCUUGAUUUUGUAUUUUGCUGUCUCUGACAGAUUACUGUUCUUGUACCCAACAUUGUAUGUAGCAGUUUACACUUUGUUAAACACAAUGUAAAUCUGAAAUGAUCAUCUUGAAUAAAAAAAUGAAUUUGUCAGAAA